UAAAACGAGCGAUCUGAGAUAUUUGGAUUAUUUGGAUUUACUUUGUGAAUUUUAUAUUCGUGCACACUGCUGUUCAAAUCAGUUGCGUUGUUUAAUUCAAACAUGACACUAACGGAUGUACUUCAAGCUAUUGCUACACAAAGACAAACCUCGGAUUAUAUGGAAAAAUCACCAGAAACAAUAAUGUGCGAGCUGGUAACUAGCGCCAUAACCCAGGCAGUACGUGAGGGGAGGUUGACCCACGGGUUAAGCGACUGCGUCACAGCUCUUAGCAGAAACCCAAAUGAUGUUGCAAUCUGCAUUCUCCCUGUGGAUGCAAGAUGCAGUGAUGUUAACUUAAACAUCCAAAUGCUUCUUAUCGAGUCUGUCUGUGUUGAAUAUGACAUCCUCAUUUUGAAGCUUGACUUAAAUGAGUUUGGGUGUGGCCUGACAUCACCUGUUGACCCUUCUGAGGUGUCAGCCAAGGCUGGUCUGGUCAGUGGCUCCACUGAGCUGGACUGUUUCCUCAUCCAGCAUGGUGAGGAGGGCCUGAGCUUCAGCGACAAGAAGCUGCUCAACAUGUUCACCAACAUGUGGGGUGACGGGGGCCAGACCAAGGACCUGGAAGACUUACCUGGUUGAUUGACACGCCUAGAACAGAUCUAAAAUUGUGCAGGACAACCCAAACUCCUGCCUACAUCCAGCCAAUUUUGCAAGGUUCACCUUUGCAUAUCAUCGCUCUCAUGUUCAGUUCUGUCCAGAGGCAUCGAGCAACAGAUCAAAUUUUAGCGCAAAGCUAAAACCCAUUCUAUGUGCACUGGCCUGUUGGUUGCAUGAACCUGCUGUGUACGUCUGGCGUCUCUACCAUUCUAUGGCACAACUGCCCUCACCACCAUGAAAGCUGCCAUCUCUACCACAGCUACUGCAACCCAUCAGUAGCUUGUACUGCCUGCGGAUUCAAC